AUGCGGCCCUUUACUCUCCCCUCGGCUUUAUUUGUCGCCGCCGCUCUCGCCCAGAAAAGCAGGAAUGUGGAAUGUGCCGAUGGCUUGUACCUGGUUGUCGCGCGAGGCACAGGCGAGGAGAAGGGCGCUGGCAUCACUGGAGAGGUCGCUGAGGAUGUCGCCGACCGCGUCAAGGGUUCCAUCGUCGAGCCUCUCGACUAUCCAGCAACGUUCCUUGACCCAGCCUACGAUGAGUCUGAGGCUGACGGUGUCAAAGCCUUGACUGAGCUCCUCACCAACUAUCACAGCUCGUGUCCGGAUGGAAAGAUUGCAGUCUUUGGCUAUUCUCAGGGUGGUCAAGUUGCUACAGACACCUUCUGUGGCGGAAGCGGCGGUAGUUUUCCAGACAACAGGCCCAUCUCUACAGAUCUGGUCGAAGACAGCGUCGUUGCGAUCAUCAUCUUCGGAGACCCGAGCCACGUGGCCAACGCGUCGUACAACCAGGGCACCGGCGAAAAGGACGGCGUCUUUCCCCGUACCAACAUUACGCUGUGCGAGGAUCAGUACACCAGGACUGGAAUUAUCCGCUCCUACUGCGAUACGGGAGAUACGUACUGCGAUCGGGGUAGUGAUGAGGAUGUGCAUGGAGAGUAUGUGUCCAAGUAUGGUGAUGAGGUGGUCGAGUAUGUCGUGGAUCAAUAUGAGAAGGCUACUAGGCCGGGCAUUACGGGGGGCACCUUGACGGCUACGGCCUCUGGAGCCCGCUGCUUCAGAAACCGAGUCAACUGCGACUUCAACGCCUACAGCCACAUCUGCUCCUGCUGUCCCUGUGUUCUUGGCCAUUUCGGAGCUGUUGUUUUAAAGUAG